AUCCUCUCUCUCUCUCUGAUAGUGAUUGGUCUUUCGAUCUCUCUUUCCAUUACAACACUUCCACUACCCAAACCGUCCUCAUCUUUCAUCUCCCCACUUCUCUCUCUAAAACCCCAUUUUCAUUUCUUCAUUUCCAGUCCCUGAUGAUCACGCAGCCAUCAAUUUAAGCCAAGAACAGAGCAAAAUCAUCAAUGGGUUCCUGUGUUUCAAUCCAUAGAAACUCCGAUUCCGCCGUGAAAUUCCGACUCUCAAAUGGCUCUAAACCCAACGGUUUGCCAAUUCCUCCCUCCCCGAUCAAAGACAACGACACUCCGAUCAUCGGAAACCCUCCCAUUCACGGCGGCGUCUUCGUCAAAUCUCAGAGCUCCCCUUCUCACUUCGGUAGCAAAGAUGAAGCGUUUUUCGAGUCCCGAGGCUGGUUGGAUUCGGAUUGUGAAGAUGAUUUCUACAGUGUCAAUGGUGAUUUCACCCCGUCACGAGGAAACACUCCGGUACGCACGAGCUUCUCCUCCGGUACUCCACGGAUGAACCAAGUUCACGUCCUCGAUGAUCUAACUCCAAUUGUCAUGCCCAAACCAUCACCAACAGGAAAGAAGAAACUGGCUGAACUUUUCAGGGAUAGCUCAAGAAAUGGCACUGACAUACAAACCAAACCAACACUAAACGAACUCGCCCUGCAAUCAAAUCCCGAAACGCCUUACAUGUCGGGAACAAACUCCGUAUGCAGCAGCGAGAGGACCUCAAAUGGAGGAGAUGUCUGGAUUGAAAAGGAGAAACGAUUUGGAUCUGCACAAUGCUGCCUCCCAAGCUUGGGAUCACGUCGUAGCUUCAGCGACCGGAGGAAGAAGGCAAGUCCUGCCAUAGCUGUAUAAACACAACGCUCGAUCAAACACGCCACGAGCUGCAAAUUCCCUCUGAAUUUCUGCCAUUGUGAGACCCCAAAGCUCAUGGAGUAGCUCACAAUUGUUCAGAAAUGUGUAAAGUCCUGAAAUAUCAGAUACAGAUAUUGGUGUUGUUGAAGGCUGUGUCUAUGUAUAAACAUGUCUUAGAUUCUUAGUACAUCCAUAUCAGAAUAUCUUA